UAAGCCCCCGCCUCCUGCAGCCGCGGCCGCGCUCAGCCCCCGUCGCCGCCACUGCCCCCCGCGCUGUCGGCUUCGCCGCCACUGUUGCCGCUCAGUCUCGCUCGCUCGCCUACGAACCCGCUGCUGUCGCAAUACAGAGCCUCAGCCGCGAAGCGAGGCCGGGAGUGCGACAGCUCGGGUAAAGGGAGGGGAACGCUUUACGGCUGCAUCUCGGCUUCUCUUGCAGACUCUUUCUUCCACGUGGAACGCCGAAGAGAGAAGGAGAAGGAAGCAGAAGUUCCUGCGCGACCGCCAUGAGGAGACCCAAGUUGAAGAAAGCUAGCAAGCGCAUGACCUGCCACAGACGCUAUAAAAUACAGAAAAAGGUACGAGAACACAAUAGAAAACUCCGGAAGGAAGCCAAGAAACGUGGGCACAAAAAGCCCAAGAAAGAUUUAGGAAUUCCCAACAGUGCGCCUUUUAAGGAGGAUGUUCUUCGAGAAGCAGAACAAAGGAAACAAAGGCGUGAAGAACUAAAGCAAAAACAAAAGCUUGAUCGGCAGAAGGAGCUAGAAAAGAAACGGAAACAAGAAGCUAAUAAAAAGGAAGCUAAUAAAGCAAAGAUUUCUGAAAAGAAAUCAGUCGCUGGACAAAAAGCAAAGUCAAGCCAGCAGUUAGACAAAAAUUCAAAGAAAUCCUUUUGCAAGGAGCUUAGAAAGGUGAUGGAGGCUUCUGAUGUAGUGCUGGAAGUCUUAGAUGCUAGAGAUCCUCUAGGCACUCGGUGCCCACAAGUGGAGCAACUUGUUAGUCAGAUGGAUGGAGAGAAAAAAAUACUCCUGGUUUUAAAUAAAAUUGAUCUAAUACCAAAAGAGAACUUGGAGAAAUGGCUAAAUUAUUUAAACAAUGAAAUCCCAACUAUUGCUUUUAAAUCUGCAAUGCAGCUAAAAGACAAAACUGUGCAAGAGAAAAAGCACAGUAAAAGACGUGGUGCAUAUAUUGAAUUAUCAAGAGCAAGCUUGUGUUUUGGGGCCGAGUGCCUGCUAAAACUCCUUCGAGAAUACAGCAUGAUUAAAGACAGACUUAUACAGAUUGGUGUGGUAGGUUUUCCUAAUGUGGGGAAAAGCAGCAUAAUCAAUAGUCUGAAAGAGGUGCGUGCCUGCAACGUGGGACCAGUGAGAGGCCUUACUAAGUGCAUACAAAUAGUUCACAUCGACAAGCAUAUCAAGAUGUUAGAUAGUCCGUGCAUUGUUGCAGCACCUUCCAGCUCUGCUCUUGCUCUGGCACUGAGAAGUAAUACAGACACUGAUGAUGAAAACCUGCUUGAUUCCGCAGAUGCUAUUCUGAAACAUUGCAGCAAACAGCAGAUUAUGCUGCACUACAACAUCCCAGACUACAGAAACUCCCUGGAGUUUUUAAAUCUGCUUGCUCAGAAAAGAGGGAUGCUUAAAAAGGGGGGUCUUGCUGAUGCAGAGGGUGCAGCUAAACUAUUGCUGCUUGAUUGGACAGGUGCCAGAGUUAGCUACUAUUCACGGCCCCCUGCAACAUGGAACCUGUCACCACACCUUUCCAGGGAAGUUGUAACAGCAGCACAGCAGGGUUUUAAUUUUCAGGAUCUGAAAGAAGAUAACAAAACUACCAUAAAAGCUGUUAAAUAUCCUAAUGAAGCAAGCAGCAUUGUCUUUCAAUCUCCUGGCUUCACUGAUGGCAUAACAGAAGAUAAUGAACUGCUAGAGGAAGGAUUGGAACAGGAGAAGAUGGAAGCAAGUGAAGACGAGGAGGAAUUAACUGAAGGAGAAGAGGAGGGGAGUGAAAUAGAAAGUGAUAUCGAAGAGGAAAGCAACAGAACAGCAAACAGCAAAACAACCUGUAAAGAGCUAAAAUCAAAGAAUGCAGACUUGCAGAAUUUACCUAUAGGUAAAGAGCUCAACAUAGAGAAGACUGGUGACCUGGGUGAUGCAUACAACUUCAAUACAGAUUAUAUUAUCAAAGGGAUUUGAGUGCUCCUUUGCUUUCUCGAACUGAUACUAGGAUGCUUUGGAGCCUCUAAAUUCAGUCCAUGUGAAUAUUGUAUAUAAAUACUAAAUUUGGUAAAGAUGGCUAGAAAAUAUUGUUUUCACCUUUGCAAAUUGAAUUAAAUAAAUACUUUUGUCCCCCAUUA